GAAGAUCCUCUACAAACGCGCACUAAACCUCAGCCAUGUGUCGCAGUCAAGCAAUCCGUCAUUACCCAUGCCGCUGAUAACGAAGGUCACUCCCCGUAUCCUUCCAAAUUCUCGGAUUCGCCCUUCUAGCGCAACCCUAAUGCUCGACACACUUUCUGUCCUUACCGUUACCGAUAACCCGCCGCAAACUACAUACAACAUUCGAGGUUGGACGGGCCCGAGCAUAGAGCAGUGAAAGAGUUCAAGAUGCCAUAUCUCACUUCUGGAUCAGAUUCUCCCUCAGAUCCCGGGGAGCCUUCCAGUAAUACUUUCGAGGAACUCGUCCAAGACCUCAGUAUUGCUCUUGGUCCCACGUCCGGACUAGACUCUGACGAUGUCGACCCUCUCAAUAUCCAGCGCUUGAUGGAACGAUAUACCUCAAAUCAAGAUGACUGGCUUCGUUUUGCUUUAGGAGACUCAACCAGGUCCUACACGAGGAACCUUAUCGACGAAGGGAACGGAAAGAGUAACUUGCUGAUCCUUGUUUGGAAUCCUGGACGGAGUAGUGCCAUUCACGAUCACGCGAAUGCGCACUGUGUUAUGAAGGUUUUGAAAGGCACUCUUCAAGAAACUUUAUACACAUGGCCGGACCAGGAACGGAUUGAACAUGGACAGGUUUCUCCUCCUCAGGUAAAGAAAGUGACUACAUAUGGCGAGAAUCAAGUCACUUACAUGUCUGACAAAUUGGGCUUGCAUAAGAUCCACAACCCGGAUCCCAACAACGUGGCUAUUUCCCUACACCGUAUGUACUCUGUCGUCACUAUCUGUCCUCACCCUGUAUGUCUUACAGCAGCGCGUUUAUUUACUAGUUUACACACCGCCGAAUGCCGCAAAUUACGGGGUCUCCAUCUUCGAUGAAAAAUCCGGAAAGGCAUGCCACAUCAAGCAGUCGAAUCUCUACUCUAUUCGAGGCAAACGAGCAUGAUUCAGCCCUUGAUCAGUUUUCGUGGAUUUUUUUGGUUCUAGCUCUUCGUCGCAUUCAGCGUCCAGCGCCUCACUCCUAGUAAUUAAUGUAAACCCACCCAAGUAGCCUUAUCCAUCGGAUUCUUGAUACUAUUCUUCUACCCGUUUUUAUACGCAAAACCUGUCCUUGUGGGCAUUUGGCAUGAAUACUAACAUUCAUUACUAACGCUGAGAAAACAAUUCUUGGUUCCCUGUUCAUGAUUCCCUGGGGUGUAUUAGGCAGUUUUGCUCUUAUGAUUAGUAUGGAAUACCAAGCACAUCCAUGAUAAAUCAUUAUGGAUGACUUCCU